GUUUCUAAUGCUGCGCCAUGGCGAUGUCCAUCAUCCGGGUGAUGAUGUUUGUUAUCUUGGCGGCAUGCGUGCUAACGAUCCUGGUGUCAUUCAGUCACACCUCACAGAUUGCAAAUCUGGUUCCCAGUCAUGUUCACGGAGGCCACACCCCUUUGGACAGCGGAGUGAUGACGCGACUCUUAGAAUUUCCAAAUUCGAUGAAGUCUGUGGAGAGGAGUCUCCUGGCCUUGGAGAAAAACAUUCAUGAUCUGGAUGCCGAGAUGAAGGGCAAGGAGCCAGCUGCAGCACCUGCUCCAUCGGGUGCAGCUGAAAGCCCCAGCAGGAGCCCUGAUACCGGCACUGCAAAACGUUGGCGGAGCGACCGUCGUUGUGGAAAGAAUGCAGAUCCUUUGCCUGAUGGGAAGCCAGCAGAAUGUGAUCCCACAGGAGAUUAUGCCUGCUGCUCUGCAUUGGGCUGGUGUGGCAACUCCAAGCAGCAUUGCAGCUGCAAAGGCUGUAUCAGCUACAAGGAACAACCUCAGGCCGUGAGCUUGCCUCCGAUGCCUCCCAAAGAUGGACAUCAGGGCAAGACCGUUGUAGUGAUCAUUCCUUUCAGGGAUCGUGAGUCGCACUUGAUACUCUUCAAGCAGUACUGGAGAUGGUUUGCAGAACACGGACGCAGUCCCAAAACGGUGAAAAAUUGGGUCGUGUACGUGGCAGAGCAGUUUGACUCCGAGACCUUCAAUCGUGGCUGGAAUUUCAACGGAGCGUUGGCUGUUGCUUCUGCACUUACGACAGCAUCUCCCGAUAUCAAAGCUGACAUGGGCAUAGACUUUGACUGUGCAGUCAUUCAGGAUAUCGACUAUUUGCCGGAAAAGGGCGUUGACUAUUCUGACUGCGACGUGCCUAUGCAGCUGAGCGCAGAGAUAGAUCGAUACAACUGGAAGACCCCCUACAUGACAAGUGCUGGUGGAAUUGUGAGCAUGAGUCUUAAGCACUGGAGAAAGAUCAACGGUUUCGGCAACAACUACUUCGGUUGGGGUGGAGAGGAUGAUGAGUUGCAUCACAGGCUGCGCCUCAAUGGCUUGCUCUACGGAGAUUGCUAUCCGUACUGCGGCAAGAAUGAUCACAACAUGGGAAAGCCGGGCCAGUCCAUCAAGCGUCCCAAGAAGGGUUUCGGUCGCUUCAGCGGCAAAUAUAUGCACAGUGCCAACCACACCAAGCGGAUCACAGAUAGCCGGGCCUACGCCAGAAACUUGGAGCAGCUCAAGGAAAUCGGUGCAGGUGGAGGCCGUUGGAAGACGGACGGAUUGAACAGUUUGGCAUUUAGCAUCGUCGACUCUCAAGAGGAUCGAGCAGACCAAGACACGUAUGGCAUCACGUACCACCACCUCAAGAUCCGCCGAGGGAAGAAGCCUUUCCAUGUUAAAGACGUUCCAAUUGCAAUUCCUCCGGGAUUCUGCCAAAGCAGCGCGGUUGUGCCAGAUGGUUGGGUACUUCAAAAGCUUGGCGAUGGCCCGAUCCCAUGGGACCUUGAGGCUUUGAGAAGACGCACCGCUUCCUUCGCGGCAGACGGAGAAUGCACUGGCGCGAAAAAUGCCAAUUUCUUGCUGGUCGACAGGCGUCAGCAGGUUGCGAAGAUUUUCCAUUCCGGCAUGGAGCGAAUGCUGGUGGUGUACCUGCGAUCUUUGGGUAGUGCUAUGGAAGAUGCGCUCAUCGUGGCAGAUCCAAGGCCUGCGGACGAAAUCCACCAGGCUUUCCAGAAGUCUCAUGCGUUCGCUGAACCGCCGACUUUCUACUGCGUGUGUACCUCAAAGCUGAAGAAAGGCGGUUCCAAGUACAGCGUUCACCAGGGUGACCAUUGCAGUGGUGGUGGUUGGGAUGCAGUGGAUGGCGGAGUGUGGAGAGCUUAUGCAAAAGAGAAGCCUGGAAUGAAGGCCAUCACAUGGUGCGACAAUGAGAAGCAUUGGACCCAAAUCAUGGUGAAAGGCGCCAGCUGUCCUGAAUCCUGGUCUGGUUUGAAGUGGGUUCAUGGUGGCACGUUCUACGUGAAAGAAGGAUCUUCUUUUUGCACUGGAACGCGCAAGACUGAAGCCGAAGAGACCUCGUUUUCAAAGCUGGUGGCCAAGAAGAAUUGUGGUGGAGACGGUUUCUCGCACGACAUGGGCUUUGAUCCCGCGCCAUCGCCAGAUCCUGUGGCCAGCGUUGGGAUUUGUGUUGGCCAAGAUUCGUCGAGUCAAAAGGCAAAGAUCUCUAUGCUCGAUGAAUGCGAUGACGGCGGAUUUUCUCACGUUGCUCGCUUUGCUGCCCGCAGAGCCGUGUAUGCUUCGAAGUCUGACCGAAUUUUCUGCGUCGUUCCAUCUUCAGAUGGCGAUAUCAUUCGAGCAGGCAGCCGUUGCAGUGGCAACGAGGGUUUUGACUUUGCACUGCCUGUGGAACGUGAACACAAGGUAGCCCGUGUGGCGCCAGAGCUUGGAAAAUCCUUACGCCUUUGUGUGGGCUUUCGAAAAGGCAAAGACAGAGCUUUUGUGGGAGUUGACCAACAAUGUGAAACCUUGCAGAGUAUCAGCGUGGAUUUCAAGGUGCCAUCGUUGCUGGACAUCGCAGCUUCAACACCUUCGAGUUCAACCGGUUCAACUUCCGAGACGGCACCGUUGUUCACCAUUGUGGAAGAACAGGUUCUUUGCUUUGGUUUCCUUUGCCCACAUGUGCUGAGCAGCUUGAAGUGACCGAAGCUGUUUGCUUUUGUUUUGACUCGCUAUAGCGAUGCUCACUGUUGAAC